GCGGUAGCAGAGGAGGUUGUGUAAUAUUAGGCUGUAUAAAUGCCACGGGAACACUGUAUCUUCCCUACUCACUUGUCAGACAGGAGAAAGAGGCACCAUGGGCGUUCAAACAGUAGUCGUGGCUUUGCUCUCUCUCGCAGCUGCAGGAGUCCACGGGUGCUCUACGGGUUUUCACGACAUUGGGGGGCAAUGCUUCUCCUUCCGCUCCGAGGUGACGGCAACGUGGGAGGAGGCGAGGGACCUGUGCGCCGGGAUGGGUCCUAAUAUUGUCCUGGCAACCGUGAAGUCACCUGACACUCACAGAGACAUCUACGAGUACAUCAUUGAAUACGGUCUGGCCGGGUCUUAUUGGCUGGGCGCCUCUGACAUGGCUGUGGAGGGCGACUGGCACUGGAUAGACGGCUCCCGUGUACCCCGCGGGACGCCCUACUGGGCCAUCCAUAACAGCUUGAUAGGAUGGGUUCAGGAACCUGACGGUGGCGCUGAGGAGAACUGUCUAGCGCUUGACUCCACCAGGAAAUUCUACUUCAACGAUCUGUCCUGCAGCCUCUCACACCACGCCUUGUGCGAGGAACUGUAGACUUCGCCUCCCUUUAGCCGUACAUAAGCUGGAACACCGCAUUCAUUCUGUAGGGAAGAGACUGUUAUAGUUCAGCGGGUGACUUGCCAGUAGGCUGUUACCACUGAUGAACUGAUGAAAUGUUUUCAAUAAAUUAUUCUUCCUUGA